AUGUCUGAACCUAUUCAGGAGAAAGUGGAAUCUGUUGAGCCACAAAUUGUACUUGAUAAUGUUGGUGGCACAGAGGCAACUUCUGCUGAAAACUCUCCAAAUGACAAUGAAGCUGAAAAGGAAAACAAAAUAGAUUAUGAUGAUGAAGCUCAGAAACUACAAGAAAAGGCUUAUAGAUUUAUGGCUAAACAAACACAUGCUGUAAUAAUUCCAUCGUAUUCUUCAUGGUUUGAUUUUUCGGAUAUUCAUGAAAUAGAGAAGAAGGCCUUCCCAGAUUUUUUUGAUAAUUCUCUAAGUUAUAAAACUCUAGAAGUUUAUAAAGAUGCCAGAGAUUUUAUGAUUAAUUCUUAUAGAUUAACCCCAUACGAAUAUUUGACAAUGACUGCAGUAAGAAAAAAUCUUGCUUUGGAUGUAGCCUCAAUUAUGAGAAUUCACGCCUUUCUAGAAAAAUGGGGUUUAAUUAAUUAUCAAUUAGAUCCAAGAUCAAAAUCAUCUCUAAAUGGAGCAAACUAUAGUGGUCAUUUUGAUGUUGUAUUGGAUGCUCCAGAAGGCUUGAAACCAUUCCUUCCAUCAAAAUUGAUCAAAAAUGAAGAAUUGAAAAAAGAAGACAAUGGCCUGAAUGAAUCUCAACAUGCGGAAGAAGGUCAAACCGGAGCAACUGCAACAGAUGGUGACAUUUCUAUGGAAACUACGCAAACUGAGGAAAACUCCCAAUCUGCUCAAAAUCAACAAGCUUCUCAAAGUAUUAAUGUUCCUGAACACCAAUUUACACAUCCUGACAAAUUUCCGGUAAAUUUAUCAUUGAAGAAGACUGCCUACGAUUCUGUAAUUGAAUUCAACAACCUGCAAUCUAAUGAUAAACCUUCUAGAGUUCCACAAAGAACUUAUGUAUGCUUUACAUGUGGUAAUGAUACUGUAUAUGUAAGAUAUCAUAAUCUUCGUGCCAGAGAUGUCAAUUUAUGUUCCAGAUGUUUCCAAGAAGGUCAUUUUGGUGCAAGUUUCCAAGCUUCUGAUUUUAUAAAAUUAACAAAUAAUAGUAAUACAUCAUCAAAAGUUUUCUGGUCCGAUCAAGAAAUUCUAUUAUUGUUAGAAGGUAUAGAAAUCUAUGAAGAUCAAUGGGAAAAAAUUGCAGAACAUAUAGGUACUAAUAAGACAGUACUGGAUUGUGUAGAGAAAUUUUUGAAAUUGCCAAUUGAAGAUCAAUAUAUUGAUGAUAUAAUCGGAAAGUCCAAAGGAAGUGAGGAAAUUGAAAAAUUAAACCAAACUAUCGGCGGUGAUAUAAGUAUUGUUGAAGCUGUCGAUAAAACAAUAAUUUCUCUAUUACAGGGUGACAAUAAAGAUAUACUAGAAAAAAAUAUACCUAUGUCUGCAGAUGUGAUAUCUAAAAAAUAUUUAAAGGAAGCGGAAGUAGUAACACAAGAAUUGGUAGAUAUAACUUUAAAAAGAUUGCAUUUAAAAUUUAAAGAGCUCGAUAGGCUAGAAGAUACAUUAGAGAAAGAGCGCAUUAAAUUUGAAGAACAAACUAAACAACUGGCUGAUAAUAGAAGUGAUUUAAGCAAGCAAAUUACAGAUUUGAAUUCUCACUUAGAAAAAUUAUCGGUAUCUAAAAAACUUGUAUUAAUUUCCGAGCAAGUUGAUUCUACAAUCAAGGUCGUUGAAAAGGAAGAACAAACAGCUGCAGAAGAAGCAGAUAACAAAGAGUUACAAAAGAAAAAGAAUCUUGAAUUAGAAGCUUUGACAAAUGCAGCACCAGCAAAGUUCAAACCUUGGUCAUUUUAA